CACCGCUACUUAGUCGAUGAUUUACAAGUUUGUUUGAUUAGAGAUGAAAUACAAUGAUACAGGGCUGAUAAGAUUACCUUGUAUCACAUCAGUACGUGUUACAAUAUAGGCCAUAAUUAUGACCGGUUAAUUUCCAAUAAUUGAAAUAGCACGUGCUGAAUGAGGCAACCAUUCUAUUAAUAUGCAGGUCAAUCAGAUAUUUUUCGUGCUGCAGCUGAUCUCGGUCGCAGUUGCUACCCCAUUCUGUAUUCCCAACACCACUGUUACUCCAGCUCCUAAUGCUCCACCCUUUCCGAACUUGCCCGGAGUAUUUCAGACCCGAGUUGAGGCCACCAUUAUUGAUAAGAAAAUGACAGUGUCAGCCCAGGAAUACUUCAGCAGUCUAAAAGACAGAGCAACUCUGAUAAUGGCGUCAGAAGGCAACACGCCAGACACACUUGUAUAUGACUAUUCCAACGAUCAACUCUUCUACGUUCACGGUGGAAGAUGUCAAGUGAAUGAUUUAUUACACGACCCAAACAGCUUUUUAUUUGGAAAUAAAAUACAGAAUGGAGUUCCACAUACGUUUACUACCAACGGUGCUCUGCAUUUUAUGAAGACCUUUGGCCAGACAUAUAUGGGGAAAUCAGUCGUAAGAGGAAUAAAUGCCGAUCAUUGGAGAGCAUGUUUAUCAUGGCCGAAUCCUAAUGCUACGUUUUAUUUGGAUUAUUACUUUACGGCUAUGGAUUGGGUGAAUCCAGUUUCCUUCCAACAACUUCCGCUCCGUGCCGAAGCUACCGGGGUUCAGGUGGUACAAAACUCCACACAACGGAUGUUCCACCACAUUUAUGACUACUUUGAGUUCCGACUGGACUUAACUGUUGAUGAUACAAUUUUUGAGACACCUGCAGGGGUAUAUUGUGCAAACAGAAAACCGACAAAGAAGAUGGCGGGGAUAGUUGAUUCUAAGGCUUACCAUUACCGACUGGAAACCGUGUCGGAGUACGAUGGGAACGUUCAAACCAGCAUAGUAUAUUACAAUGAGAACUACAAGCUUGUGCGGUAUGACUACAAAAAUCUAGCCAACCUACCACCCACUUAUUCCCAGAACCCCCUCUCUGAGAUACACGAUUACAACGCAGGUGUUCGGUAUAUUAAGGAUCUUGUGAUCGGUAACUGUUCAGUACUUCCUCUGAGUAAUGGUUCCAUAGACAGCGUAGAAUCACAUGAAACCUUUUACGGGAACGGAACUGAGAAAUCCGGAUAUUCACUCCAUAUGAAGAACCCACUUCAGUUUCUAAAACUAGACACCAAUUAUGAUUAUGUUGGUCAGAGGCGUUGUCGUGGUAAUGCCAUGUGCGAUGUUUUCAGUGGUAUUCGAUCUGAUUACCUAGACACUAAUGGGUUCAUUAAGAAUGCUACUUAUGACUAUUACUUUCUCUCAGAAGAUUUUUCGGAGAUUUCAAUAGAUAGUUCUAGUUAUGACCCUGCCGAUGUACCAUAUCAACUACUGGUCACACUUCUAGGUACGGACGGUUCCCCACAGUACUCUGUGACCUAUAACUUUGUGGACUACGUGUUCGAGGACCAAGACAUCAGUUUGUUCGAUGUGUCUUCUUGUUACUCUUCAGCAGCAAACCUACAGUUCCAAGUCAGAAUACCCGGAGUCUUCUACAAAACAGACGAGAACCUGAUGAAAAUCAAGGCCCAGGCAAAGUUUGCUGAGAUGCUUCAGGUGUCAUACAUUCGAGUACAGGACGUACGCCUAGAUUAUGAUAACUCCAAUGUGUACAUAUCAGCUACUGUCCUGGACAGGACACCAGCAUCAGCUCAGUUUACGUACAUACCGGGAAAAGAGCUCAGCAGAUCUGGUGACCAGGUAUACAGCAAUAUCCUCAGUCCUCAGGACUGUGCUAAAAACUGCAUCACUAAUUAUGAUUUUACCUGCAACAGCUUUGAGUUCUGUCCCGUUGGUACCGGAAAUUGUAGACUGAACAGACGACACAAAGAAGAUGGGACAGUAUCACUUUCAUCAAGCCAGUGCGAUCAUUACUCAAGAAAUAUAAAUGGACCCACAGUCCAAGAAACACCUGUAGAUGAGGCAUAUGAUAAAUUGAAGACGGCUGUUUAUCAAAAGAAAUUCAGACUUCAAAUCUUCGGGCAACAGACCUUUGACUCCUAUGCAGUAGACAUUAGAAUCUUAUUUGGUUGGAUGGAAAACGUAUCGUUACCCUCUAUAACAGGACAAUUUUCCUACGGAUUAGAAAUAGUGGAUCCAGCCACACAAAAUGUUAUAGCCUCUAAUGUUUGGUACGAUAUGACUUACGGAUUGGUAAGGUUUGAUCUGACGAAUACAGAGCCCACUCCGCCAUUUUACACCACGAAUCCCACCACCACCAUAGAAGAUUUCAAUACAGGUAUAGCAUACACAAUUGAUCGGACUCUUGGAAACUGUUCCGUCAACUCUAUACAGCUUGGAUCCUUUGGAACCGAACAAGACAAAUCGGCUCUGAUGAGGAAUGGAGCGUUUGUAAUAAAGAUGAAGGGACCACUCGAUAUAUUCUCCCUAAACGAGUCAUACCGAUGGGCUGGACAAAGAACAGUACGGGGUAUGCUUUGUGACGUGUUUGAAGCGCAAACCACGGACUUUAAAGUCCCAUCCAUCACACAAACAUUCACCAGUGUUCUGCAGUUCUUUUUCAUGACGGACAGCUGGUCACAAACCUCUGAUACAGAUCCCAAUCCAGUAAACUCAGAGCCCGUCAAACUGACUAUAUCUUCAGCAGAGGUUGGACUCUUCAUGACUUAUAAUUUCUACAACUUUAAUGAACAAGACCCGGAUUUGAAGAAUUUUGAUAUCACGCCAUGCUUCACUGCGGACAAACAAGAAAACUUUGUCAUGGUAUUCAAUGGUAGUUAUCAUCCUUACUUAGACACCAAUCUUAAAACCUUUGAGAAGGCGGUCAGAAUUAUGAUGGCGGAAUCAUCUAAAGCUUCACCUCUAAGGUUUCAAAACUUGGAGGUUUCUUACGAUAGCUACGCGCCAUACACAUUUCUUAUCGGAACGCUUGUUGAUCCAGCUCCAAGCAUUGAUGAUUUUACACUAACUGAAAAAGGCAUGCAUCCGCCAAAGAGCGCUACCACAAUCUCCAAGAUUACGUCAGCGGCAGCGUGUGCCAAUAAGUGUCGGCAAAAUCAGAAUUUCCUCUGCCAAGGAUUCUACUUCUGUGUUUCUAGCUCAGCAUGUGUAAUCAGUCAAUCUCACGUCGACUCCGGUCCUUUAAUCUACACUGCAUUAUCAUGUGACCAUUACUCAAAAACCGUCAAUUCUACAAUCGCUGUUCAGCCUUCCGUCGAUGAAGCUCUUUCCAGAAUCUCAAACGCGGUGUAUGGUGGAGAAUACCAAUUCCCCGUUAGUUAUGGGACAUCUGUCUACAACUAUAAUGCAACAAUGGUCCGAACUAGUGUUUUAAGAAAUGGAAGACCAAACGAGUCAAAUCUACUACUAACACAUUUCUACAUAUAUAGACAAUACUUUAUUUCUACUAACACGGACACGUCGUUUAGCGGAAUUUCGGUGGAGGACUGCGCGAGGCGCUGUAUAUCGAACUUGGAAUAUGAAUGUCUCUCCUUCAGUUACUGCUUCGAUCUCGGGGAUUGCUUUCUUAGUCAUAUUCACGCCGAUAACUCGUCUGGUAUAGUCCAACGUCAAGAAUUCUGUGAUUUGUACUCACGUUACUUCUUGGAUCAGUACACAAUAUCGUCUGGAAUGACGUAUUCUGUUAAAGCAGACGCAGCCAUUCCCAAAGUACCCACAGCAAACCUGUGUGCUAAAGUGUGUUCACAGUAUACCAAAUUCCCCUGCAAGUCUUUUGAAUACUGUACAAGCACAAAUAACUGUCUUCUGUUUAAGUUACAUGAGCUCGAUCUGGAGGCCACAGCAGCUUCAACAAGUCUAACAUGUAGUUUCUAUAGUAGAAACUUUAUUCAUGAUUUCAAAUUAUUGCAAAGAAAGACAAUGACAUUUGAAAAUGUGUUGGAGUUUUCGAAUGUAUCAAGUUCUCAAUGUGCCAAAUUGUGUGUGGAACAAGAAGGAUCAGCUUGUAGAAGCUUUGCCUACUGUAAUAUGAUGUCAUUAUGUAGACUGACGUCAUCCCAUCCAAGACAAACUGGGAACUCUGUGUCCCAGAGUGACACUUGUGACUUAUAUUCCAGGAGAUUCUACAAUCCGUCCUCCUAUUCUGGGCCAAGUUUCAGCAAAGCUCAAAUUUCCACAAGAAGCCAAGCCAAUGGAUACAGUCCAGGAGCGAUGGCGGCCGUUGCCCUUUGCCUCUUCAUCGCUGGAUUAGCUAUCGGAAUAUUAGGACUUUAUUUUUAUAAUUAUAGAAAAGCAAUCAAAUCAGGUGACAAUAUUGAUCUAGUAGAACAAUAUGGAAAUAAUCCAAAUUAUGAUUAUAUACAAUCUGAAUCGGAAAACAAUAUUGAAAAUACUCCAGAGGAAGAUGCCGAUUCAUAACAUGGGAUCAAAUGACCUAAUUUCUCCUAGGAAACCGAUGGAAGGGUCUCUUCGUAUGGGUGUCAUAUGAGUGAACGAAAUCUCAACCGUUGUAGAAGGAUGGAAAGAAUGAGUAAAUGUAUAAUGAGUAAAUGAUAAUAACAUAUUUAUGACAUGCAUGUACAUUGUUAAA